UCUUUAAUAAAAUAUGUGACCCCACUUUCUAAAACCGUAGCCAACCACCCUAUCUUAUUCAUUUUCAAUUCCAAUAUGAAUCAAAUGCCUACUCCGUAUAAAUUUAGCAACUCUCCCAUCAUAUCCUUAGCAUCUUCUCCUACCUCAAAGUUCUAGCAAAUUUCAUCAAAAGUUACCUAUUUAUUCCCAUUGUUGUCUUUUUUUUUUUUUUUCUCUUUUGGGUGUAUAUAUAUAUAACAAUCAAUAGUUCUUUCGUUUUUCUGUAAAAAAGAACUCAACUCUUCUGAUCUCUUGUUUUAUACGGCUACAAUAUGGCUCCAAGCAUAAGGAAGGCGAUUUCCGAGGUUGUUGCUAAUCAAGAUGGUUGCGACAACGCCUGUCCAAUGGUCAACUUGGAAGAGUCAAGCCUCAAGGUGGAUGGUCAUGUCAUAUUUACAGACGUGCCAUCCAACAUCGCUGCCACCACAAAGCCGGGUUUCGAUGGGCUUUUUAUUGGGUUUGAUGCUGAGGAGCCGGUGGCCCGGCAUGUUGUGCCGGUUGGCAAGCUCAAGGGCAUUCCCUUCAUGAGUAUUUUCAGGUUUAAAGUAUGGUGGACUACCCAUUGGACUGGGUCCAAUGGGCGGGACCUUGAGCACGAGACCCAAAUUCUUAUCCUUGAUAAGUCAGGUGAAGAUUCGGGCCGGCCAUAUGUUGUGAUCCUCCCGUUGAUCGAGGGCCCAUUUAGGGCCUCCCUCCAGCCAGGUUCGGAUGGCGAUUACGUGGAUGUGUGUGUCGAAAGCGGGUCCACAAAAGUGGUCGGAGACUCAUUCCUGGGUGUUUUGUAUAUAAGGGCUGGGCCUGACCCAUUUAAAUUGGUUAAAGAUACGAUGAAGGAAGUCCAGGCCCAUCUAGGGACGUUCAAGCUGAUGGAGGAGAAAUGUCCACCAGGGAUAGUAGACAAGUUUGGAUGGUGUACUUGGGAUGCAUUUUACCUUAAAGUGGAGCCUCAAGGUGUUUGGGAAGGGGUUAAGGGCCUCGUCGAAAACGGGAUCCCACCCGGUCUAGUUCUCAUUGAUGACGGUUGGCAAUCUAUUUGCCACGACGACGACCCAAUUACAGACCAAGAAGGGAUUAACCGGACUUCGGCCGGCGAGCAAAUGCCAUGUAGAUUGAUCAAGUAUGAGGAAAACUUCAAGUUUAGGGACUAUAAGAGCCCAAAACAAGUCAGUCAUGGAGAUGAGCCUAAUAUGGGAUUGAAGGCCUUUGUUAAGGACCUUAAGGAGGAAUUCAAGACCGUUGAGCACGUGUAUGUUUGGCAUGCUUUUAUGGGCUAUUGGGGUGGGGUAAGGCCCAAUGUUGCAGGCCUACCAAAGGCCCAAGUAAUUUCUCCUAAACUCUCACCGGGCCUUAAGAUGACCAUGGAGGAUCUAGCCGUGGAUAAAAUUGUUAACAACGGUGUUGGGUUGGUCGAGCCUGAAAAGGCCCAUGAACUUUAUGAAGGGUUACAUUCUCACUUGGAGGAUUGUGGAAUUGAUGGAGUCAAAGUUGAUGUCAUCCAUUUGUUGGAGAUGAUGGCAGAGGAGCAUGGAGGGAGAGUAGAACUUGGGAAAAAGUACUACAAGGCGAUAACAGAAUCAGUAAAGAAGCAUUUCAAAGGCAAUGGUGUGAUUGCUAGCAUGGAGCAAUGCAAUGAUUUCAUGUUUCUUGGUACAGAGACUAUCUGUCUUGGUCGUGUUGGUGAUGACUUUUGGCCUACAGAUCCAUCUGGGGAUAUUAAUGGUACAUAUUGGCUUCAAGGCUGUCAUAUGGUUCAUUGUGCUUACAAUAGCUUAUGGAUGGGCAACUUCAUACAUCCAGAUUGGGAUAUGUUUCAAUCCACUCACCCUUGUGCUGAAUUUCAUGCUGCUUCACGUGCUAUUUCUGGUGGACCUAUUUAUGUUAGUGAUGCUGUUGGCAAACACAACUUCUCUUUACUCAAGAGGCUUGUCUUCCCUGAUGGUUCCAUCCUUCGUUGCAAUUACUAUGCACUUCCUACAAGGGAUUGUCUCUUUGUUGAUCCUUUGCAUGAUGGCAACACAAUGCUCAAAAUUUGGAACCUCAACAAGUUUAACGGAGUAGUUGGAGUGUUCAAUUGCCAAGGAGGAGGAUGGAGCCGUGAAUUCCGAAGAAAUCAAUGUUACUCAGAGUACUCCAAACCAAUUUCAUGCAAGACAGGGCCAAAAGAUGUGGAAUGGAAAAAUGGUCACAAGCCCUUCCCUGUUGAAGGAGUCCAAUGUUUUGCCAUGUACUUUUGCAAGGAAAAGAAGCUAGUCCUUUCAAAGCCAUCUGAUUUCAUUGAAAUAUCGCUUGACCCCUUCAACUACGAGCUCAUUGUAGUAUCUCCAGUGACAAUUUUACCCUGGGAUUCCAUUGAGUUUUCUCCUAUAGGACUUGUAAACAUGCUCAACUCUGGAGGAGCAAUCAAGUCUUUUGACAUUAUAGAGGAUAAGAUGGUUCAAGUUGGUGUUAAAGGGGGUGGAGAAAUGAGGGUUUUUGCCUCUGAGAAGCCAAAAUCAUGUAGAGUCAAUGGAGAAGACAUGGAGUUCGAAUUUGAAGAGAACAUGGUUAAGGUUCAAGUUCCAUGGAAUCAUAACUCACCUGGUUUUUCCACAAUUGACUACUUAUUCUGAGUUUCUGUUACUGAGACUAGUAUGGUAGGUAAUGUGUGAAUCUAAUUAUUUUUCAUAAGUUUACUUCUAUAGCAAGAUAAUGUACCUGAAAUUACGAGUGAUUAAUUUUAUCGUCAUCAGGGUAAUUUCCUUUAAUAAACGAAAUGUAACUUGUGCUUUUAUUUUACUCUACAACCUCUUUCAGAAAGAACUGAUAAGCCUAUUUGUAUACCGUUCUAGUUUUGACAUUGAA